AAAUUCAAAGAAGGACUAGUUUGUUCCCACAUUGCGAAGUUUCCUUCUCUCUGAAAUUUCGAGGGUUUCUGUUAAUUCUUCGUCUGGUGGAUCGGCAAUUCGGGACCAGUUAGCCAUGUUCAGAUUCUGGGGAUCACAAGAGCAACAAUCACAGGAUGGUUCCUCGCAGUCACAGUCGUGGUAUCCACCAUCAGUGGUAAGUUCACCAAGUUCGUCUAGGCCUGCUACACCAUCUGGAUCUUCUUCUUCAUUACCGCAUAGGCCUUCUUCUCAUGUUCCGCCCUCCGAAGCCGCCGGAGUCAUUGCUGUUUUGAAGGACAAGAGUGUUGAUGAGUUGCGGAAGCUUUUAUCUGACAAAGAUGCAUACCAGCAGUUUUUACAUUCGCUUGAUCAGGUCAAGAUUCAAACUAAUCUGAAAGAUGAACUUUGCAAGGAGAAUUUGCAGCUUGCAGAGGAAAAUCUUCAAAAGGAGCCUCGUAUCAUGGAACUUAGGAAUCAAUGUAGAAUAAUUCGGACAACUGAGUUAGCUGCCGCUAAAGAGAAACUAAAUGAGCUUGAAAAGCAGAAAGAAGAAAUGUUGAAACUGAAUUCACCAGCGUCUCUUGUCCAGAGGAUUCAAGAGUCUGCAAAUAAGACUGAAGAGGAAUCUGACAAUCUACACCAGCAUUUCCUUGACGGAGAGAUUGAUCUUGGGGCUUUCUUGCAAAAGUACAAGAAGCUACGUACUACUUACCACAAAAAGACUCUCAUACAUCUUGCUGCUAAAACAUCAACUGUAUGAGCGCCAAUUAUCAAAUAUUAAGAAAGUAACUUGUAUUGGCAAGUACAUAUUUGAUUUUUGAUUCAUUAUUGUCAAUAGUUGAUAUUGGUCAAGGAUACUUGCCUCCUAUUAUACAAAGUUGCGGUCGCUGGGAUACAGCAAUCUACUAUUAAUGAGAUUGUUCGUAUAUGUACAGCCUGUGAUUGUUCAUUCCAGUCACAUUCUCGAGUGGUUUCAACGCCAGAGAUGAGGUAUGUACUCGUAUGCAGACCUUCAACACUAUUUGUAUGAACUCUGAAGUACAUGCCAAGAUCACCAUCGCUGAUAUAGGAUUUUACUGUUGUAUUGUAAAAUAUAAAACAGAUUCUCCUUUUCUUUGGGAGCAACUACAAGUUUAUCAGAACCCAUUUUAUGUUAAA